CUCUCAUAUGGCACAACCGUCACAGUUUGACUCCAGGCAACACAAUUACAUUGUACAAUAUAACCUCUCGCGUCGUACCUUUUCUCUCAGUCCUUUCGACAUCGCGUCGCAAGUCCCGUCCGCACAAAAGAGCGAGAACUGUUCUUAACCCUUUCCCGUCCCCUUCGGAUCUGACGUUCGCGCCUCAGCCCUACUCAACGCAACGUAGACCUUCCCAGAAGCUGCCACAUAAGCUAGCGAAGACACCAUUGCACUUGUGGUGAUCACAACAAAACACCUUCGAAGACACAUCGCGGCAUCGCGUCUGGAGACGAUUUCUCUUCUUGGAACACGUGUCCAUCGCCAUGACGCUCGCAGAGGAGUUUCGCUCUAGAAAUUGGAGCAUCUACGGCCAAUGGGCUGGUGUAGUUAGCAUGGUGCUUUGCUUCGCGCUCGGAAUCGCCAAUAUCUUCAACUUCGGCACUCCGUUGCUCAUCAUCUUCAGCGCAAUAUGCUUAGCCAGCUCCUUCGUGAUCCUCUUCAUUGAGGUGCCUUUUCUGCUCCGUAUAUGCCCAACGUCCAGCAAGUUCGAUGACUUUAUCCGCAAGUUCAGCACGAAUUACAUGCGCGCUGCCAUCUACGGCGUCAUGAGCCUUGUCCAGUGGCUCAGCCUAAUCGUGGGCACAUCCAGUCUGGUUGCUGCGGCCGUCUUUCUGCUCAUCACGUCGGCCUGCUACGGGUUUGCGGCCAUCAGGAAGGAUGAAUUUAUGAGCAGCAAGACGCUCGGUGGACAGGGCGUUGCGCAAAUGAUUGUAUAGGCAUGUGGCAAGUGUGGAGUGGCACAAGUGUGAAGUGGGGAGGUUUUUUUGGGGGCAGACGAAUGGCUUCAAUGUGGUCAACUAAAGGGGAUGGCUGAUCUCUUUAGCAGAUCAGUGGCCGUGGAGCCGGAGCCGCUUGAGCAAUUUCGACAAGCAGCGUGAUAUUCUUUGUCCUUGCGACGAUUUGUUUGGAAGCAUUUUGAGCGGCGUUUUUCUGGUAAAUAUCUUAGGGUGCCAUAUGUACGAGAUAUCGACGGCGUCAAAGAGGCACAGGGGCCUCUUAGCAAUUCUGUGCUGCUAAAGCCUCUGGCUCAGCCUUGCUCAGCGAGGCUUUGCUUUGCUUGAGGUUCGAACGAGCGUGUGUCGCCGUCGUCAAACAUGGUGUGUCGGGAUUGGAUAAAUGGUGUGUACGGGUUUCAUCGCUUUCAAAGGGAAACCACCAAACGCCGUGUAUCGUUUGUAAAAAAAGCAUGCGAGGAAAUUCGAAACUGUAUUUUGUAACGAAGCAGCAAGCAUUCGGCC